AUGGGCCCCUGGGCGCGCUUUAUAUACAAUGUGCUAACCCACCCAAGGCACACACAAUGGAUCGGGCCCUUACUUAUCCUAGGUGAUGCAGUGCUGUGCGCACUUGUCAUUUGGAAGAUCUCCUAUACCGAGAUUGACUGGACGACUUACAUGCAGCAAGUGAAGCUAUAUCUCGAUGGUGAACGCAACUAUCCCUCUAUCGAAGGCUCGACUGGCCCCCUCGUCUAUCCUGCCGGCCACGUCUACAUUUAUGCCCUUCUUUACUACAUCACCGAUCAAGGGCGCGAUAUCCUCCUAGGACAGAUCAUCUUCGCGGCGAUCUACCUGGCGACUCUCAUUAUCGUCAUUGCUUGCUAUAGGCAGGUUCAAGCGCCGCCAUAUCUGUUCCCGCUCCUCGUCUUGUCCAAGCGGCUUCAUAGCAUCUACAUGCUCCGCAUGUUCAAUGAUGGCAUUGCAGCCUUCUUUAUGUGGCUUGCAAUUUAUUCUUGGAUGAAAAAGAAGCCCCUGUUUGGCAUCACAGCAUGGUCUCUUGGGGUCUCUGUCAAAAUGACACUAGUUCUGCUCGCACCAGCCAUUGCCGUCCUCAGCGCAUUUGACAACGGUCUGCGUGGCAGCGUUGUUCAGGCGAUUGUAGCUUUCCAGCCCCAAAUGUUGCUCGCAAGACCCUUCACUCGCAAAAAUUACACGGGCUACAUUAAUCGGGCUUUUGAGCUAACCCGGCAGUUUAUGUUCAAGUGGACCGUUAACUGGAGGUUUGUCGGAGAAGAAACUUUCCUCUCGAAGGAGUUCUCGUUGGGUCUGCUGGCUUUGCACCUCUCCCUCCUGGGGCUUUUCUCAACCAUUUGGGUCAAGCCAUCGGGCAUGAAAAUUUUUAGCUUUGCCCGUGACCUUCUCCGCGGAUGGAGACCUCGCAUCGCCUUAUCCAAAACUUUCACUAUGAACAUGAUGCUGACUUCACUGGCGAUCGGCAUGCUUUGCGCCAGAUCAUUGCAUUACCAGUUCUUCGCAUAUCUGGCCUGGGCCUCCCCAUUCCUCCUGUGGCAGGCCAACUUCCACCCCGUUCUGAUUUAUAUCCUGUGGGCGGUUCAGGAAUGGGCCUGGAACGUGUACCCAAGCACCAACGCCAGUUCGGCAGCGGUGGUCUUGUCCCUUGCCGUUCAGGUAUUUGGCGUGUUCAUCAGCGGGCUCGGGGAGGUGGAUGGCGGUGAGCGUGGAAAAGCACCCCGUUCUCAAUAG